CGAGAUCUGAACAACAGCGCCCCCUUGAUCAUGUGUGGAAAAACAACGGGAGGUAUGAGGAAUUCUCUGCGGCUAACGAUAGCAAGAUACACAAAUAGGAAUUUAAUUCACUUUUCAUCUUGACUGACACUCUCGAGUUCUACCAAACGCUGCAGGGGGACAUAAUUUCACCUUAACCGUCGGUUUUAAGGCUGCAUUGGUACCGAAGCGAGAACUAGAGAGUCCCGCUAAUCCCGAGAGUAGGGAAGCGGCCUGCUUUUGUAGCCGGUUUCCCGGUGCAGCUCAGGCGGCUAGCACUGUCAACGGAGCCCGGUGCUUCCGCUGUUUCAUUUUUCGCUACACCAACAGAGGCGUCGGAGCUUCAAACUCGAAUCUUUUAUUUUAAUAAAGACAGCAUCUCUAUUAUCCAUUUCCCUUCUCAUCGACGUGUAGCUGUCGGCGUUUUUCUGUACAGAGGACCCUUUCAAGCCAGAGCGGCCUGUUUUGUUUUCGAGCCGCCUGCAAUCUCCGCGAACAAUAACAACCAUAACGAGCCUGCGAGGGCUGCACUACAUAGUGAGAUUGGAGCCACGGAAGCCUCUCAUUGAGAUAAUAAAUGCAUUGUGUUAUAUCAGCUCUGGUAUGGCCUUGAAAACCCGGGACGAGCAUGUAUGUGGACUAUGGAUUUAUCUGGGGAAACCUUCACAAAACGGAGCACUCUGGCACGAAAGCCCCUGUUUGAAUUUCGGAGCUGCUGCUUCUAGCUAACCAGCUUUAAGUAACGUUAAAAGGCCACGGACGGAAGAAAGAGCGCCACACGAUGCUUUGUCUAAUCUUAACUCACGGAUUGUAUGGAAACAAACCGAACCGACUUGGAUGAACCAACAUUUAUAUGCAUGCUCGGCCUUCUUGUGAAUGCACUUAUAAUCUUCCAGAUCAAAAGUAGCUACACUUUUAGAGCUGGGACUCAAUUUUGAGGAUGGAUUGGAUGUGACUUGGGAUGAGUAACCUCGUUUGCUCUCUGUGCAGACUGCUAUAUAUGUGGGAUUUACCGACGGGGAACUGAAGCCUUUUAUAUCCAUCUAUGCCCUCUUCAAAGCCACCAGACUCCUUUGACAAAAAAAAUACCUCACCGAACACGGGAGUUGGUGGUUUACUGCUGCCUCGAUCGACUGGUUUGUGUUAUUGUGUGACUUUGGUGUUUUAACGUAUUAAUACAUCUUAACGAACCGGACCGGAGCUACGGGACAGGCAGCUGAGAUGAACCCGGUGAAUGCGACCUCUCUCUACGUCUCCGCAAGCCGUUCGGUGCUGCAGUGCGACCCCAGAGACCCCAGGGCCCUCGCGGAGCUCUGCAAGCUGCUGCCGUUUUUUCGCCAGUCCCUGUCCUGCUUGGUCUGCGGUAACUUGCUGCAGGACCCUAUUGCUCCCACCGACUCAUCAUGUCAGCAUUAUGUCUGUCGAGGCUGUAAAGGUCAGAGGAUGCAGCUGAAGCCGUCCUGUAGUUGGUGUAAGGACUAUUCCCGCUUUGAAGAAAACAGGCAGCUCUCCUUGCUGGUCCAUUGUUACAGGAAACUCUGUCUCUACAUCACACAGUCUCCGCUUGCCGCGCACAUAGCCAGUGCAGCCAGCGAUUCGCCGGACCUCCAGGCCAUCCUCAAUGAGGGCCUCACAUUGUCUGAGAAUGAGCCAGAGGCUGAGGACAUUUCAGAUUCUGUUGGCCUGGCGCAGACCGCCUCCACCUCCGAGUUGGUCCAGCCUGAUGAAGCGCCUCUUACGAGGGAGCUCAAGGCAGAGGAGCCAAGCCCCAUCAGUGUAAAUGGACUCCAUGAUUGUAAUGGCUUGGUUAGUUCAGACACUCUGCAACCCAUCACCAUAGAAACAGGUGGAGGUGUUGCAAAGCAUGAGAGCUUUUCAGAGGAGAUCCCAGUCUGUGUUAGUGUUGCAGGGACUGGGGAGGCAGGUCUUUGCGACAUCAGUAGUUUUGGGGAUGACCUGAAACAUGGAGGGGGGUCAUUGUUGUUGAGUGUUGAGGAGGUGCUCAGGACUCUUGAGACUGACACUGACCCUGACCCCACCACGGAGCCGAACCCCCAGCCGGACUGCCCAUCCUCUGUACAUCAGUCCAGUCUCAAUGGACCUCACUGCCCAUCUGGCCCAGACUCUUCCCGCCUCAUCCCCUCCCUCCCCCCAGAGAACAGUCCCCGCCCACCCCAUACUCACCCGCAGCCCUCACUGCAGCCUCACACUCAGCCCUCCACUGUUAUCCCCCAUGUUCCCCCUCGGUACCAUCGCAAGCGCUCCCGUUCAGAAAGCGACAGUGAGAAGGUGCAGCCCCUCCCCAUCUCCAGCCUCUUACGAGGGCUUCCACUGGGUAUCAAUAGCUCUCCGCAUCACCCUAACCCUGGUGCCACCACCAAGCAGGAGCCGAAGUUUCCUGCAGCCAUACCCCACCCUCACCUGGCCCCUGUACCUAAUGGUGGUCCCCCCAAGGUUGGCAAGACUGUGCUUGUCUCCAGUAAGGCGCUGAAAAAGACUGUGGAGCACCACGGGGCCCCCAAGAAAGCUUAUACAAAGGCCAGACAAGGAGCCCCCAAGCCCCGUGCUCAACCCCGUGACAGAGUACCCCCCCAUCCCCACGCACACCCCCUCACACACCCACCUAGCCCCUCCAAGCCAAUGUAUAAGAAGCCUGUAGAGAAAAAGGGUUGCAAGUGUGGCAGAGCCACGCAGAACCCCUCGGUGUUGACCUGUAGGGGGCAGCGCUGCCCUUGCUACUCCAACCGCAAGGCGUGUCUGGACUGCAUCUGCCGCGGCUGCCAGAACUCCUACAUGGCCAAUGGAGAGAAGAAGCUGGAGGCCUUUGCUGUGCCAGAGAAAGCUCUGGAACAGACUCGUCUCACGCUGGGCAUCAACCUCACCAGUAUCACCGCAGCGGCCCUCCGUAGCCCGGCCACCAGUUCUCCCGGCAACACCCUUCUGAACGUCACCACGGCAACAGGGGCCCCCGUCACAGCCACCUUCUUGUCGGGGGCAGGACAUGAAAACAGGGGCUUUGACGAUUCACUGGAGAUGCGGUUUGACUGCUGAGGUCCCACCCCCCUUCCGGCCAGUCGUUACGCACAUUCCCCACCCUGCCAGCUGGGCGUUAUCCAGCUGGACGUGCCAGGGACCUGCGGAGGCGGAGCCAGAACAAGGCAGCUACAGUGACAGGCGAUAGUGAGGGUAACCGGCUGAAGCUGUGGAGUAGCCCUCCGUCCGUCGCCCGAAACUGCACCGUGCUUGUGGUCUUGCAUACAGAUGCAGUGUGGGAGAGAAAAAGAAAGGAAAAAGUGGAGAUGUAGCGUUACUGUAUGUGCAGAGAUUUCAUUUCUGUAGGGAUGGAGUUUCUUUUUUGUUUUGUUUUCUUCUCUACUAUGAGUAAUGUGUAGAGUAUGUUGUGUAGCUAAGUUUGGAGUGUUGACUGCGGUCACGUGUGUGUGGAUGUGUGUGUGUGUGUGUGUGUGUGAGUGCGCACAUGCAAGCAAGCAAGCAUGUGAGUGUGUAUGUAUGAGGGGAAUGGAUUGAUUUGGAGAUGAACCUUAUUAGCAGGAAUGGAGGCAUCAUCAUCGUCAUCAGAGACUGGUGUAAUUUAUAUUAAAGAAAAAACUUUUUGUACAUGGACUUAUCAGUUUCCAUUCGAGAAGACAUUUUAUGGUAUAUUUUAUAAGUUACAUUAAAAAAAAAAACCAAUGGAAGCCAGUGCAGGAGGAGACCUGCAUUCAACCAGAAUAUUUUCACACAGGUGAAAGGUAGAUUGUAUUUUGCAAGCUCUGCUAGACCACUAGAAAUAAAACAUGGAAUUAAGAAAACCCAACCUGACCAUAACUGCUGUAAAUUAAAAACAUUUACAAUAAUGCCAUUUUUGAUAUCUUUCACUGCAAGAACUAGGAUGUGAUUUUUACCACCACCAGCCAAAUAUACGUAUCAGUUUUGUGUGUUCAUCCACUGUCAAAUAACCAAACAUAAGAUGUUUACUAAAAUGUAUACUAUGGUGUAUCCUAAAAAACUUUAAACUGGUGAAAGUUUGAAGUCAACCAACUAUUUUGUGCUGGUGGGAAAACAGAACUUCCAUCCCAGGUUUACUGUUUGAUAUGGUGAGGAUGCAAGUUAACCUGUUUAAUUGUUUGUGUGUCCUUAUCUUAUGCACUUUUCCCACGUUUUCAUACUGUUCUUACUUGUGUUGAAAAACUCUGGUUGAUUGCCGGCCCCGCACAUUGUUUUUCACAAGUUUUGGUUUCUGGAAGCUACACACAUGCUGCUAAAUAACCACACAGGACUCAAGAAGGAGAGCACACCCGUUUCCUUUGUCUUUUUUUGUUCAUUUUUUAAUAAGUUGUGUUAACAACAUUUCCAGUAUUUAUUGGACGUCUCUUAACAUAGGUUAUGUGUUGGGCAUAAGUUCUGCCCACUCUGCCUGUGAAGUCUACCGACCCAGUUUGGACUUUUUCCUGUCUCACUUACGUUGCUGUCUCCUUCCUAGUGUUAGUUUUUGGUGUCUCCAAAUGUUUUGUGUUCUCCCUCUGGGCAUUUAAAUACCUGUAAUAUAACUGUAACAUAUUUCCACAAAAAAGAAAGAAAAUCAAAAAACUUCAAAA